GCUUGCUUUCAAGCCAUGCGCCACCGGCUCGGUCCCGCGGCCGCCGGGCUCCGGCGGUUCUCCCACCUCCGCCCGCCGGACCCGAGGCUCGCCUUCCUUCGCUCCGAGUUCGAUGGCCGCGAGUCUGACCAACAGCAGCCACAGGCACGGGAGCUGACGGGGGAGGAACCAAGAGGUGGUGGCGAGCGCGCUCGCACGCCGGCGUCCGUGGAUAUCGCGCACCCGUGGCCGGAGUGGGUGGCGCUGAUGGAGAUAUUGCUCCGGAGGGGCCACCUGGACCCCUCCGUGUUCGCCGGCGGCGCGGCUGGCUCGCCGUCCAAGGACUCCAACGUUAUCCGCACCGCCUGCCUCCGCUUCGGUCGAGAGCGUCCUGAGCUUAUCAGGCACAUAUCAAGGUGGGAUAUCCAGGUUGCUCUUCGGUGUGGGUGCCCCAGCAUUGACAGGAAGGUUGUUAAUUCUGGGAAGCGAUUGCGUGCUCAUGUAGGCCUUGAUGAAGGAGAGGUUUGCAGCCAAUGCAAUAUAAGGGGUGGAUGUGAGAGGGCAUACGUAAAGGCUCGGAAGGAGGAAAUUGGAAGAACUGUGGAUGUUAUGCGCAUCCUUUUGACUUAUGGGCUCGACAACAUUACUGGCAAUGUGGAGAACAGGGCAUGCCUAAACAAAACCGUUAAAGAAUCCAUAAAGAACCUACUGAAUGAGAUUGUUGAGUUCGAUUCCAUGGGCCCUGGUUCUAGCACUGAAAAAGCUGCACACCGUAUGCCAAAAGGACAGUCUUCUAUUCCUAUGAAGCAGGGUGAUUGGAACUGUCCCAAAUGCAACUUCUUGAACUUUGCAAAGAAUAUCAAAUGUUUACGCUGCAAUGGGGAAUUUGAAGAGAGGUAUCAGCUGCUCCACGAGAACCAAGAGCAUCUUCCUCUCAAAAAGGGUGACUGGAUAUGCAAAAGGUGCAACUUUUUGAAUUUUGCAAAGAAUACAAGAUGCUUGCAGUGCCAUGAGAAACCAACAAACCGUCUACUCAAUCCAGGGGAAUGGGAUUGUGUCUCGUGUAAUUAUGUGAAUUUCAAGAGGAACGCAUUCUGCUUGAAAUGUGGUUGGAAAAGACCAAAAUCAUUGAACAGCCAAGACAGUAUUGAAUCACGACGUGAAUUAGAACAUAAGAAGCAUACUGAUAUUUCAUUUGUCCAAGAUGGUGUCCAAUCGAGGAGGUUGCAAGUUGUGCAAAAUAAGGCUCCAUUGUCUGACGAAGAUUCAGAUUUCUGGAGCUCCGAGGAGGAAGGGGCUUACCACAGUGAUGAGAGCAUGCCCACAAUACAGAAGGAUUACAAGUUCCUUGAAAGUUUUCCCAUCAUUGGAGGUAGGACUGCUAUGUCGCAAGAUCCUCUUGAAAGGGAGAAAUGGAAGGAAGAAAUGUCUAGGAGAAACAAAGGGCUCCUGACAAAAGCAUCAGAUGAAAGUAACCGGCCUUCAGGUCCCGUUCGUAUUCCGAGAAGCAUUGAGCUGAUUGAAUCAGGUGAUGACGACGACGACGACGAUAUAUCAUCGUGGUUUUCUGGGGGUACUAGUAAUAUUAACAUGAAAAAGGCAUAGCCGAAGUUCCUUGAACGCUGUUAACUGUGCAAUUUCAUCUGUAAUGUUUACACUGCAGGGAUUCAGUUAAAGAAUCAUCAUGUCGCAAAGAGCUUCACUGUUGUACUUUUAGUAUGAUCUGCCCCUAGUAAAUGGCAUGCUUGCAGGUUUUGUAAGUGGUUAAUUCCAUCCACUUCCGUAGCUAAAACA